AUGCCGCGCCGCCGCCUCUCUUACAGGUCGGUGCGGCCCAGCGCGGCGUUCGCCGUGGUCGACCUCGCCCGCCUUCGCUCCGUGCGGGUCACCCGGGGACCGCCCGCCACCGCGUGGGUGGACUCCGGCGCGACGCUCGGGGAGCUCUACCACGCCGUCGGGAGGGCCAGCGGCCGUCUCGCGUUCCCGGCGGGCCUGUGCCCGACGGUGGGCAUUGGCGGGCACCUCAGCGGCGGCGGCUUCGGCAUGCUCCUUCGCAAGCACAGCCUCGCCGCCGACCACGUCGUGGAUGCCGUGCUGGUAGAUGCCAAGGGGCGGCUCCUGGACAGGACCUCCAUGGGGCGCGACGUCUUCUGGGCCAUCCGUGGCGGCGGCGGUGGAGGGAGCUUCGGCAUCGUGCUGUCGUGGAAGGUGAAGCUCGUGCCCGUGCCGCCGACGGUUACGGUGUUCACCGUUGCCAAGUCCGUCGAGGAGGGCGCCGUAGACAUCCUUGCCAAGUGGACAGGUGGCCAGCUUCCAGUCCCUGUACCUGGGCACCUGCGACGCGGGCUGGCUGGGACGAUGCCGACGGUGUUGGCGGGGCGGCAGAGUUGGUUGCGGAGGCACUGCAUGACUGACGAGAACGAAGCGCACAUGCGCGCGCUCGCGUGUUUGUUGCCGGCGUGUUCAUUAUGA